AUGGAAAGAGCACGGCUCCCAGAGGCUGUGCGCUGCUGGAGCCCAGGCCGGCAGGUGGAGAGAAUGUGGCAUCAUAAGAUGGUGGCGCCCCUGAGCGGCCACUGUGACCAGGGCCCCUUCCCGCCCCUGUGUGUGGUCCCUUCCGCAGGUGGCCCUCCCCCGGGCGGCGGUGCCCCUUGGCACCUUCGGAGCGUCCUCAGCGACUCCGUGGAGAGCUCAGACGAUGAAUUCUUUGAUGCCAGAGAGGAGGUGGCUGAAGGGAAGAAUUCCAUCCUCAUUGGGAUGAGCCAGUGGAACUCCAACGACCUGGUGGAGCAGAUGGAGACCCUGGGGAAGCUGGAGGAGCAGCAGGGAGACGGGAGCGCCGUGUGCACGUCCAGCGCCCUCCAGGAGAAGCAGCGAGAGCUGUACCGCGUUUCCUUGAGAAGACAGAAGUUCCCCGCCCAGGGCAGCAUCGAGAUCCAGGAGGACAGUGAGGAAGGCUGCCCACAGCGCUCCUGCAAGACGCACGUGCUCCUGCUGGUGCUGCAUGGGGGCAGCGUCCUGGACACGGGCGCGGGGGACCCGGCCUGCAAGGCGGCUGACAUCCACACCUUCAGCUCCGUGCUGGAGAAGGUCACGCGCGCCCACUUCCCGGCGGCCCUGGGCCACAUCCUCAUCAGGGUCGUGCCCUGCCCUGCCAUCUGCUCCGAGGCCUUCUCGCUGGUCUCCAACCUGAACCCCUACAGCCACGAGGAGGGCUGCCUCGGCAACAGCCAGGACCACGUGCCCCUGGCUGCCCUGCCCCUGCUGGCCGUCUCCUCCCCGCGGUACCAGGAUGCGGUGGCCACCGUCAUCGAGCGGGCCAACCAGGUCUUCAUGGAGUUCCUCAAGUCCCCCGACGGGAUCGGCUUCAGUGGGCAGGUGUGUCUCAUCGGGGACUGCGUGGGGGGCCUGCUGGCCUUCGAUGCCAUCUGCUACAGCGCGGGGCCCCCGGGGGACAGUCCGAGCAGCAGCAGCCGGAAGGGGAGCAUCAGCAGCACGCAGGACGCCCCCCCAGGCGUGGCGGACGAGGCGUGCGGCCUGGCGGGCAGCAAGCGUCUCAGCAAGAGCAGCAUCGACGUGUCCAGCGCGCCGGAUGACGAGGACACCGCGGAGCCCCAGAGGCCGUUGCCUCGGAAACAGAGCGACUCCUCAACCUACGACUGUGAGGCCGUCGGCCAGCAUCACGCCUUCCUGUCCAGCAUCCACGCGAACGUGCUGAAGGACGAAGCCGAGCCCCCUGCGGCUGGGGGGCGCCCGCCACCUGAGGUCAGCCUGGGUCGCUUGGACUUCGACGUGUCUGACUUCUUCCUCUUCGGCUCGCCCCUGGGCCUGGUCCUGGCCAUGCGGAGGACGGUGCUGCCGGGGCUGGACGGCUUCCAGAUGCGUCCUGCCUGCAGCCAGCUGUACAGCCUCUUCCACUGCGCGGACCCCUCUGCCUCGCGGCUCGAGCCCCUGCUGGAGCCCAAGUUCCACCUGGUGCCGCCUGUCAGCGUGCCACGCUACCAGAGGCUCCCGCUGGGCGACGGGCAGUCCCUCCUGCUGGCCGACGCCCUGCACGCCCACAGCUGUCUCCUGCUGGAGGACGCCCCCGCCUCCGUCCCGCCGGCCCCGCCGGCCCGGUGCCCGGCUCGCAGGGUGAGUCGGGACAGCUCGCACAGCGACAGCUCCGAGUCCUCAGAUGGCCUGGUGCCCGCGGGCGCCUCCCGCAUCACGGCCAGGUGGUGGGGCUCCAAGCGCAUCGACUACGCCCUGUACUGCCCGGACGCCCUCACGGCCUUCCCCGCCGUGGCCCUGCCCCACCUCUUCCACGCCAGCUACUGGGAGUCCACGGACGUGGCGGCCUUCAUCCUGAGACAGGUGAUGCGCUACGAGAGUGUGGCCGUCACGGAGAGCGCGGGCCUGGACCCUGCCGCGCUGAGCCCUGCCAGCCCCCGUGAGAAGUGGCUUCGAAAGAGGACCCAGGUCAAGCUGCGGAACGUCACGGCGAACCACCGGGCCAACGACGUGAUCGCCGCGGAAGACGGCCCGCAGGUCCUGGUGGGCCGCUUCAUGUACGGGCCCCUGGACAUGGUGGCUCUCACCGGGGAGAAGGUGGAUAUCCUGGUGAUGGCAGAGCCGUCCUCGGGCCGCUGGGUGCACCUGGACACGGAGGUCACCAACAGCAGUGGCCGCAUCACCUACAGCGUGCCGCGGCCCCGGCGCCUGGGCGUGGGCGUCUACCCCGUGAAGAUGGUCGUCAGGGGCGACCAGACCUUUGCGAUGAGCUACCUCACGGUGCUGCCCAGGGGCAUGGAGUGCGUGGUGUUCAGCAUCGAUGGGUCCUUCGCGGCCAGCGUGUCUAUCAUGGGAAGCGACCCCAAGGUCCGGCCGGGGGCAGUGGACGUUGUCCGGCACUGGCAGGACCUGGGCUACCUGAUCGUGUACAUCACGGGCCGGCCGGACAUGCAGAAGCAGCGGGUGGUGUCCUGGCUCUGCCAGCAUAACUUCCCGCAGGGCAUGGUCUUCUUCUCCGAUGGGCUGGUGCACGACCCGCUGCGGCAGAAGGCCCUCUUCCUCCGCAACCUGGUGCAGGAGUGUUUCAUCAGAAUCAGCGCGGCCUAUGGUUCCGCAAAGGACAUCUCCGUGUACAGCGUGCUGGGCCUGCUGCCUUCCCAGAUCUUCAUCGUGGGCCGGCCUACCAAGAAGUACCAGACCCAGUGCCAGUUCCUGAGCGAGGGCUACGCAGCGCACCUGGCAGCGCUGGAGGCCGGCCACCGCUCGCGCCCAAAGAAGAACAACUCGCGGAUGGUGCUGCGCAAGGGCAGCUUCGCCCUGCACGCGCAGCCCGAGUUCCUGCGGAAGCGCAGCCACCUGCGCAGGACCAUGUCGGUGCAGCAGCCCCAGCCGCCCGCCAACCCCAAGCCCGAGCGGGCGCAGAGCCAGCCCGAGUCCGACAAGGACCAGGAGCGGCCGCUGCCCGCGCUCAGCUGGGCGCGCGGGCCCCCCAAGUUCGAGUCGGUGCCCUGAGGGCGGGGCUGCGCGCUGAGGGGCGGGGCGGGGGGCGCUCCCCGAGACAGGCCGUUUCCUGCUUUUCCCCUCCCGUAUGUGUCCAGCAGUGUCCUAGCAGAGCCGGGAGGGACCCUGCCAAGCCCUGGGGGGCUCCCUGGGCAGCGAGGGGGUAAGACCUCAGGGUCUCGGCAGCCAAGGCUGCCUUCCCGUGCGGGGCCUGUGACCAAGAGCCCCAGUCAGGGUCAGUGUCCGUGUGGCCCUGGGGGGCAGGCCUGGCCCAAGCUGGCGGGUCUGGCAGAGUCGACCACCGCCCUGGGGUCCCGAGGCCUUGGCGGUGCCGGGCGGGCCCUGAAGGGAGGCCUUCUGAAGGCAGGCUGAGCUUCCCGGCGGCCUGGUGGCCAGGCGAGUGGGGCAUCGUGCCGGCCCCCCUGUGACAUCCUGGGUCACCAUCAUGGGCCUGGCUACCCUGUGGCAAAGUGGCCACCUUCUGGGAGGGAGGGGACAUCCCCCUGGGCUCCUCCUGUGUCCGCGUGUCUGUCCACAGCCCUUGCAGGGGUGGGGGGUGGCGGGGUCUGGUGCUGACGGUCUGUCCUGCGGCUGUCCAUUGUCCCCGUCUUGUCCUCGGUGUUCCUACCAGUCGCCCGCGGCCUUCCUCUUCCCGGGGUCCGCUGAGCGCUGGCCCAGCCAGACCUGCUGAGAGCCCUUGAGCCCAUCGCUCACCCUCUCUGGGCCCUGCCUCCCUUAUGGGAUUGGAAGGUCUCCCCCAGCAGAGGUAGGUGCCUGGUUUUGGACGCCUGGGCCGUCUUUCGUCUUGCACUUCUGUGUCCUGGGGCUUUCCUGGCCUCAGAGCACCCAGGCUGGACCUUCCACACCGUCUGAGAGAGGGCUCUGGGGGUGCCCUCACUGUCCCCCACCGCUCUGGGAGGGGGGGAUGGGAAGGGAUCCCUGCUCCGCGAGGCGGUUUGCUUUGCACUGAUGCCCAAACUACGUGUCCCUGGAACAGGGGCCCCCUCCCCCGCACCGCGGGCCCUGGUUGGGCUCGCCCUUCCCAGUGCCGCUCACACAGAUUCUCUGUUUUGGCUCCCGGAAGGCGUAGAGCCGAGAUCCCAGCAUUCUGGGAGCGCGUGUAAUUUUGGCUCAAACUGUUGUACUCUUCCCUUCCCCUGCCACUCAGCUUGCUUGGGGCCCACACCCUCCUCCUGGGUCGUCCCCUGAGAUGGGCAGGGCUCAGCUCUCACCCCAGCCCUCCUGUUGCCAGCCUAGGCGCAGACCGGCCCUGGCCAGCCUCGGAGCCCCUGAGGCUGGCCCAGUUCCCCCAGGCAGGGCCGCCCUGAGUCCAGGCGUCCAGCCACCUACGUGGGCCUCGUGUCACUUGCGUUCCGUGUCUGCCUCUUGCAGCUUCCAGGUGGCCAGCGUCCUCUCGGCAGAGCUGCUGGGGCUGGAGGGGCCGGGGCUCCCAGCCCCCACCCUGCUGUCUCCAAUGUGGGCCCCCCCCCAGCCCCGUGUCUGCACGGUGGGCAUGGGCAGGACCUCUGGGGGUGUCCUCUCCGGCCCUGCCUCCUGGGUUCUCAGGCGCUCGUCCCUCCUCCCACACUCAUCCUUCUGGGCUCCCCCCGAAGGCACCAGCUCACUCACACCUUCAACCCAGGGCCGUCCUGUCCUUUCUGAAACCUACCCUGCAUUAAAGUCAGCUGGACUCAUUCCAAUUCUCUGAGGCGCCACCGUCCCCUUCCUUCCAGAAGCUCCUGCCAGAUGUCUCUGCUGAUGAAGUAGUGGAGUUCCUUCUUCCCAAGUUGGGUUCCCUCUGCCCUGUGAACCCCAGGCCGGGAGAGAGACACAGGGAGCACCUGGACCCAGGAAGCAGGGUGCCAUGGUUGGGGGUCCAGGGUUUGGGGUUCUGGGAGGUGCCAUGGUUCUGGGACUCGGGUUCUGGGGUUCUGAGUGUCCGUGAUCCUGGGAGUCCGUGUUUCUGGGGGCUGCCGUGGUUCUGAGGGUCCAGGGUUCUAGGGGUGCUGAGGUUCUGGGGGUCUGGAGUUGAGAUGUGGAGCCUGGCAGGCCACUUCCUUUCCUUUGGGGAGCCGGGGGGACUCACACCCGCAUUUGGGAAGGUGGGAGGCGGUGGCGGCGUGUGCCGGCCGCUCUUGUUAGUGGGGGUGUGCGCAUGCGCGCGAGUGCUGAGCGCCAGUAACGGACGCGCGCUCCUGUGCGAGUGGUUUGUGCGGUUUUGUCCGUGCGCUGAAGCUGGAGAGAAACAGGCCGCCUGUGUUUCUCCCUGGAGGGGGUGUCGCCGCCCCUCCUGGGUCCGCGACCCCGGCCUGGCUGUUUUCCAGAGACUCCUUCCGGUCCCCGGGGGGCCUGCUCCCGGGAGCUGGGGCACCCGUCUUCCUGCCUGAUCAGAGCUCCUCGUUUCUUGCGUGGCAUGUUCGUCCUUCCCCGUCUGGUGGCUGUCCCUGACGGAGGGCCUGCCUGCGCCCUCCCCUGCACCCGCCCUUCUGGCGUCGUGGGGUUUUCCUGAAGAUCUCGACUCGGCCCUCAGGCUCCACGAAACAUACGUUUUAAAAAGUAGACUCUCUCGUGCACUUGGAUGAACGGCCCCUCCUGUCUGGGUGCUGGGCCCCGGAAAACCGUGUCUGAACCCGUAUUCCAAAGAUGUUAUGGGGGCAUUCUACAGGCAAAAGGUGGUGCCAAUCUUUAAAUGAAAGCCAGAGCCAAUGCAGGUGGGGCAGGGGGUGCAGAGGUGGCUUCGGGUCCGACCCCUCCCCCAGCCUGGGUGCAGCCCCGCCCGGGAGGGGGCUCCCUAGCUAGGAACGAGCUUUGAAGCCGGACCCGCCUUAAAUAACCAACUUCCCCGCCGAUUCCGAUUCCCGGGUCCUGAUCCCCUGGUCUGGGCACCAAGUGUUCGGAAACCUGUUCUCUUCGGCUCAGCCAAAACAAACACCCCCCUCGCUCCUUCCCCUCCCUCUGGGUUCUGGGGAACCCUCUUAAAAAUCCCAGCUGGCUCAAGUCCACACAGGGAGACCUCCUCUCCCCGAGAGAAGCCACCAGGGCGCCGGGAGAAAAAGCAGAGUCUGACCCCACCCUGGUUGGGAGCAGGAGAGGCAGGUGACAUGGAAGGGGGCGGGGCGGCUCGCUCCGGGGGACCUCCAGUCGAACCCCUGUUCUCCGUUUACUCCGUGGGGGCAGCCUGUCUGGUCUUGUCUGUGGUCUGACUGUUCCUAAAUGUGUGACUGUCGGUGUUUCCUGUGGACGGUUCUGUGGCGAAACAGGUUUCUCCUCCUCCUCGUGGCUGCCUUGUACAAAAUCCGUUAGAAAAGGAAAUGUAAAAUAGUCCGAUUUCUAACAAGACAAACAACGUUACGGAGUUAGAAGAUUUUUACUACUGGUCUUGAUUUUGAUGUGAGCUGGUUUUUAACUCUUGAAUGUUGUCACUGAAAUAAAAACCUGAUUUGCCUUUAAA